AUGUCUUUCCUCUGGCCGUUUGUCAGCCGGCCAUACCUGACCCGGCGGCCGGCCUCGACGGCAUCGCCAUCGGCAGAGCGUCCCUCCGGCCCGGGCGUCGAGGGGACGAAUGCUCGCACCUCAUCGACGUCAGCCUCCGCGGCCCUGCCACCGGACCUGGUUGACCUAGUGUGCCGCUAUGCCGCAGAUGGCUGUCUCGAGGACUGUACCAUCAACCAUACGCCGCACCUGGGGCAAAACCUCAACACGGCCAAUGUCUCGCUCGACCUUUCGUCUGUAAACAUCGCCUUCGACGAGGCGUCGCAUGCGAUUUUCUUCCUGUCCAUCUGCUUUCUGGUGUAUGACCUGUUUGUCCAGCCGCUGCCGGCGAGACCGGCCGGCUGGGCAUACGACUUCCCCCCGCACUUGCCGCGCUUCUGCACCCUGCGCGAGCUGGCGGCCCUGUCGCAGCUGCUCUACAUUGCCAGCAUCUGGAUUGCCCGGCUCGGGGAUUUCCGCCGGCUAGAGUACUUUGUCACCUCGCACUUCACGGUCCUUUACCCGGGCGAGCCGCUGGUCGGCACGGCUACCCAUGCCCCGGCAGGCCCCGGUGCCGGUUCCUUGGCUGACCUGUCGGCCUUCCUCAGCCUCGGAGCCUGGCGGACACGCGUGCGCCCGGUGCUCACAUUCUACGCGUGCUGCCUGACCCGCGUGCCGAUGAUCAUCCUGGUGCAGCAUGCCACCGGGGGGUUCCUUUGGAAGUUCCUCACUUGUGCCGUGAGCCCCCUGCUGGCGGCCAUGUACCAGCGCAUGUUCCUUAUCCCGGAUUGGGCACCGGAGCUGGUGCUGGUGCGAACUGGCGCCAGUGUCAGCCUGGGCGGCUUUCCGCCGGUGGUGAGCUCCUUGCUGCUCGGAACCCUGACCGGCGCGGUGUUUAGCUUGCUGCUCAGCCUCCCGCGGGCCAUCUUCCUCGGGCCCAUCUACUGGGAGGAUUUCCUCCGUCGGGGAUUCGUCCUGAAGCACGUCAACAAAGACACCGUGGGUAUCGGCCGAAUCACCAGCUAG